AGUGUGAGGCCCGAAUUAAACAUAGUACUCCAGGCUUGGAAAGACAACACAGACCCCAGUAUGAAAGCAAGAAAGCAAAUGAAACCCAGCACUCUGUCAGAAGCAGACACGGGAACAUCUUUUUUAAAAAAGGGUCCGCUAAACUUACAAGGCUCACCUACUGAUAAUUUAAAAAUAAAAGGAAGAAUAAAGCUCUCAGGAAAGGAAUGUGAGCCAAUGGUCUUAUUACCAGCUGCUCCAGUUGAAUCUUUCAUGAAAUAUUCUUUACAGAUUCCAUCUGUAAAUAAAGAUGAUUCGCUAGAUGAAGUGCAGAUGCUAAGGAACGUCACUAAACGUCUCAAUGGGAUUAUACAUGCAAUGGAAUAUGUGUAUCAGAAGAAACCUGAAGUGGAAGAGAAAGAGGAAGCAGAUGAGGAAGAGGAAGACUCAGUUGAAGGUCAUGAGGACAUGACUACAUCGCUACUAGGUUUUUCGUCAAUUGCAAAACAGUUAGAAACAACACUUCAGGAACAGAAAGAAAUAUUAGAGUCUUUGACUAAGUGGUUUGGAAAGGAAGUCCAGCAGAUGGAAGAGUUAGGAAAAGAUGAACUUUUUCCAGAACUGCAGCUUCCUGUGGCUGAUAAGGACAUAACAGAUAGCAUAAUUAAACUAACACAACACAUCAGAAGUCUUGAAGAACUAAGAAACCGCAUUCACCAUCUGCCAAAGUCUGUCCAGCCACCUCUAGCCAAACAAGAAAAGAAAAGGAAGUCGAACCCAGUAGCAAUAGCUCAGAGAGACCCGAAGGCUAUCUUAGAAGAGCUUGCAAGAAAACAUGGAACUGAGGAUGUAAUCAGCAUGACACAUGUUUUUGAAGAUGACCUAGCACCACAAACUAUUGAAGUAAUGAAUACUCGUAUGUUAGAAAUAAUAAAAGUAUUUGAAAGACAAACAAAUAAGUUUCAAAGAAUUUUAAAUGAACAAGAUGUUCUAGAGGGUAAAUACCAGAAGAUAGAAAAUGAAUAUCAGAUACUAGCAGAAGAGAAACAGAUAAUGGAGAAUGAGCUUCAAAAGAUGAAAGAGACAGAAAAAAUGGAGAAAGAAAAAAUAAUGCCAGAACUUAGAAAGAAGGUUUCAGCAUUCUUGCAACCUUCUGAAAGUGAGACUCUUGAAGCAGCAAUGGCAAAAAUUCAAUCAGGAGGAAAACCAAAGAAAGUUUCAUCUCAGACUAAAAAAGAGAGUGAAAAUCAGAAAAUGAAAGAAGAUUUACUUAAAGCUCAGGAAUGCCUUCAAGCUCUUGAAAGAGAGAAGAAAAGCCUUGAGGAAAAGUUACAGAAAGCUUUAAAGGAAACUGAAAAUGCUAGCAAGCAACUCUCAAAACCAGCAGCACCUGCCUCUAUUCAAGAUGCACACUUCUCAUAUGCAAAGGCAGAUAGUGGUAAUGAGGAUGCUAACAGUGAUGUGAAGAUCAAUUCUAAGGAUUUAUCAAGAAAGGGCAAAAAACCAACAAAAUCUAAAGGCAAAGGAGAAUAUAAUGCAGGCUCAGGAAGAAAAUCUAUUAAUGAAGCUGAUAAGCCAGAACAGAAAUUAUCAGCAGUUGACAAUGGGAAACAAGUUGGAAAUGAAUUAUUUCGAAAAAGAAGUUCAACAGACACUAAGAAAAUACAAGAAACUCUGUUGUCAUCUCAACUGAAAGAUGUUAAACUUGAGAGAGAAGAUUCUGAUAGAGAAAUAUGUAGAGACUAUGGAAUGCCAGCAAAUGGAUUAAGGGAGCAAAUCCUUGUUCAGGAGAGAGAACCCCUGUAUAAAGCUUAUGAAUCACUUCCUGUUAUAGAAGAGACUCAAGUAAAUCGGUUGGGUGAACAGGACUAUGAGAAUGCACAAUAUACAACUAGGCCAGCUGACGAAGAGUCAGUCUCGUUGUUACCUAUUCAAGUCACAGAAAGGUCAAGUGAAAAGGAAAUGAAAGCCCAUGGCAAAGGCAAAUCAGAGGCUCCUCUGAAAGUAGAUCCCCAAAGAUCUACUAAACCUAGAAAAGCCACAGAAACAAAAAAAGGAAGUUUAGUGAGAAACAGGGCAAGCAAAGAAACCCACAACACUGCUGUUUCAGAAGGUCAAGAAAAGGCACUUCACAAAGACUCCACAAAGACUCAAGAACAGUUAUUACCCAGGUCUUUAGAUAGACGGGAAAAAUUGCCCCCACUGAUUUCAGAAAGGCAAAAGAAAACAUCUCCACUGGUCUCCCAUGCAAAGGAAAAUCAAGUUGCAGCCGCUGUCAGAUCUGGUGUCCAAAAGAAAGAUCCUUUCUUAUUCAUAUCUGAGAAGCAUACAUUGGCAUCAACUUUAACUGCAAAACCUCAAGAUGCAGCUUCUGUUAAAGACUCUUUGACUUAUCAUGAAGUAUCUUCUGAUGAUCUUGGUACUGUUACUGAAGAAUUUCAACAAAUUUCUGAUUCUUCUAUUGGAAAGAUACCUGCUUCUGAGAGCCAAAAAAAGAUAUAUACAGCUUUCAUUCCAGAACAUAAUAAAAUUCCUAUUCCAGUUCUCUCUGUCAGUGAUGAGAUGGUUUUGAGGGAAGACGGUCAAGAAUCUCUCAAAGUUUAUCAGGAUGUUCAAUUUGAUGUUCAAGAUUCUUCUGAUGGUUACGAGACUGUAAUUUUGGAGAAAGGUCCAUCCACUGCAAGGCAUUUUCCAAGUUCUUACAGAGAGGCAUCACAUCUUCAAGAGAAUGAAAUUAAAAAGUUAUCAGAUAAAACAGGACUUCCGCUUGAAGAUCAUUUGGCAGAUGUGAAAGAUGUACAUAAAACAGAAAACCUUGCUGCAUUCCUUCUUGAUGCUUCUGUUAUUCUAGACAAGGAGGUAGAUGAGCUAUCCGAGCAGAGAAGGCUUCUGCUUUCAAAUCUGCAGCAAACUCAAUGCAUUGCAGAGAAGGAGGAAAAUGAGCCCUUAGAACAGAGAAGGCUUCUUCUUGCAACUCUAGAAUCAGAUUUGAAAGAUCUGCAGCAAACUCAGGGCUUUGCAGAUGGCCAGUCAGGCAGUGAGAGUGGGAGCAAAGAAGAUGAACUAACAGAUCAAAGAAUUUUAGCUGCAAAUCUGGAGACAAAUGUACAAGACCUGCUUCAAGCACACACUCCUGCAACAGGGCACCUGGAAAAAUACGGACUUAAUGAGAGAGAACUGAGUGAGUUAGCGGAGAAGAGAAGACUUUUGCUUGCAAGUUUUGAAUCAACUCUGAAAGAUCUUCAGGAAGCACAGGCUCUUGCAGCUUGCCAGCUGAGCGGUGUCAAUGAGGAAGAACUGAGUGAAUUAGCAGAAAAGCGAAAUCUAGAACAUCUGCAGGAAGUACAGGCUCUUGCAGCUUGCCAGCCAUGCAGUGUCAAUGAGAAUGAAAUGCACAAUUUAUCAGAAAAAAGAAGGCUUUUCCUUGCAAAUCUAGAAUCAGGUUGGAAAGAUCUUCAGCAAGCGCAUGCUCUUCUAGCUGCCCAACCAGGUAAUGUCAUUGAGAGAAAAGUUAGCCAAGAGUUUUCCAAGAACAGAGAGCAUUUGCUUGCAAAGGUGGAAGAAAAUCUAAAAGGCCUACAACAAGCACAGGUUUUGGUUUCAGGACAGUUGGGAAAAUUUGGAUCCAGUGGUUUACAGCUUGAACCUACACCUUCAACAUUCCUGAUACAUCAAGACAGAAGCAGAGCAUCUGCAAAACGGAGCUACUCCAAAGAGAUGAUCCCAUAUAUUACCCAUAGGUCAGCAGACAUAACUUCUGUUUCAUCCAGGAUCCAUGGGCCACUAGAUGCAACUCCAGUUUUAUCCACACUCCUUAAUGUAUCUUCAAGACCGAGCAUACCAUCAGCACAUGCAGGGAUGGAAACUCAGUCAUCAGCGUGGAAGAGAAGGAUAAUAAACAAAAAGUCUUUCAUUUCUCAGAGCAAGGGACUUAAGGGAUUGUUGGGUUCCUUACCAACUCCUCAGAAAACUGAAAUCGAACCACUCUGUAUUUCUGGGAAGAGUUACACUCUGCUGAGCUCAAGGUCUUCAGAAACAAAAAGGAGCUGAACAUUUAGUAAUAUGGGUCUGGCUUAAAAUCUUUUUUGUAGCAUAAUUCAGUAACUACAAACUUAAAUAAA